UGAGAGCGAUGUCUGCUGGUCAUGGUGGCUGGGUUGAUGACAUGGCUAACGUAAGAAUCACGAUUUAGUUAAGAAAACAGGUAGCCCCCCUCGCAGGUGUUUUUAAGGAGUGGAGCUACGAGCUCCCCUAAAAACGCCUGCGUGGGAGGCUAGAAAACAGGGGGAUCAGAAAACUGUACCGUGAAUGUUACUUUGUGAACUGUAAUAGGGUUAGAAUUGAAAUACUUGAAUGUAGGUGUUUACAUCUUGUCCGGCCUCAAUCUACGUCCACACGGCAUUUGCUGAUAAUUUUCGACUGGUUUAAAAUUUGUGCGUUUAGGGGUUCCGUUCACACGGACAAAAAAUUUAUACGCUUAGCCGUUCAACCUGGCUCGUUAGGUCCGUGUGAACAGAGCGAAAAUAUUGAACGAUUCCGUAUGAGCGAUGUGUCCGCUCAAAUUUUUCAGCGGCCGGUUGAAAACGCGUCCUUUGUCGUUUGAAGUUAGCUUUGCGGUCUGGUAGUGAAACUGGAACACGAAAAUUGCAGUGUAGCUCUAAUUUUUGAGUCUAGGUACAAAAUCUUAAAUUUUGACCAAUGAAAUGAAAGCUACUGAGCAGUACUUUCCGCCGGUACUGUUUAUUAUGCUGUACAAGGUGGGUCUAACUUUUGAGUCUGUGGAUGAAAUCCUGUGGUGUGAACAUUCAAAUGAAAGGUACUGAGCAGUACUUUCCGCCGGUACUGUUUAUUAUGCUGUACAAGGUGGUUCUAACUGUUGAGUCUGAAUCAUCUCCUAACGCGUGACCAUUCAAACGAACUGAGCUACCGAGAAGUACUUCCCUGUGGCACUAUUAAUUGAAAUGUGAUAUAUACUUCAUGCUGUACAAGAUGAUUCUAACUAUUGAUUCUGUGCUUCAUGUUGUACAUAGGAAAACAUUUUAACCAGCUUUCUCAUCUUUAUAGUGCAUAGGCAAAGUUGGCAAAAUAUCUAAAAUUGACGCUGAUGGUGAUGUUCACGUUAGCUAUGGACUACAAAGUUGGGUUUUCCAUCCACAAGCCAUAACAAAGGUAUGUAUGGAAUGUCCGCUAUCUCGCCUAUUGCCGUGGUGCUUAUCUUGCUCUCACUUGAGUGCAGACUUUCUCUUGCUAAGGAUCAAAAGAAUGCUCGAUUUCCUCGGCGUCUUUCUGGUCUGGUCUUUGAUUCUCUCCCGACCCUUUUGGUUGAAUAACGAACACAUCUUGACCUCUAACUAACUUUUCCAGUGCCUGUCUCUGAUCUUAGAAAUUUUAGAGUUUAAAGUGCCUAUCACCUAAAAUUUUUUAUUUUCAUAUCUGACACUACACCUUAUUAAAAUAACUUCUGCGAAAAAAUUUUGCGAUUUGAACCAAAGACGAUUUUUUUAGAAUUUUUUAAAAACGUUCAAAUUUGCCGCCAUUUUGGCACACCAUUCGUCUUAGUCUUCUUAUUCGGGGUAUGACGCACUUUAAGGAACACGUGACUUUAUCGACAGGAAAACAUUAAAAGUUCUGGUAGGUUUUUCUGUUUCAGAAAAAUUUUCUUCUUGCGAAGACAUUGUGAUUCAAUCCUUACUUGAAAUUGAUCUUUUUUGUGUACAGCUGGUGAAGGAAAGGUAAUGCGAGUUCCUUAAUUUACGUCACAUGGCGUAGUAGUAGUAGUAAACCUUUAUUUAACUAGGGUAAUCCCUUCAGAAUACUUAAAAGUAUAUCUGUUAUCAAUAGGAGCCCUAAAUUAAGACUAAUAAAAAAGUUCAAAAUAAAUAAUAAGAAACUAAGUAACUAUAAGUUAAUAAUAGUACAGUAUAUGAGUAUAUGCGUCAUAUAUGAGUCUGCUAAUUUGCGUAAUCAGCGGCGCAGGUGUACCGCAAAAAUGUGAACUUCAAAAAUUGGUUAAAAAAUCGCGUUUUGUUGAAAUGGCAAAAUUUUUUCGCAGAAGUUAUUUUAAUAAGGUAUAGUUUCAGAUAACAAAAUGUAAAAUUUUAGGUGAUGGGCACUUAAAAGGAUUCUAAAACUCGAUCGAAAGCCAACUGGGGGGACCUCUCUAUUCUGAUAUGAUAAAAUUAUGCGAAAAUCUGUUAAAUCUGGAAUAUCGCAGGGUUCCGUUCUAGGACCGACCUUAUUUUCUCUUUACACAAGUGAUUUACCUGAAGCUAUAACCACUGCCACUGACAACCUACAUGUAUGCUGAUGAUACUACUCUAUAUUGCAUUGGCGAUUCUAUCGACGCAGUAAUUUCUGAACUUAACAAAGCUUUGGAAGAUCUUCUAUACUGGUGCACAACAAACUGCCUUGUGCCUCAUCCAAAGAAAUGGGAAGCAAUGAUCCUCCAUCGUGGAGGAUUCACUGGCCCAUUGAAAGAGUUAACGUUGGCCCAGCACACCAUCAAAUGGGUUACACACUCUCGUCUAUUAGGCGUAUUGAUAGAUGAUCAAUAUGAUGUUAGUGUUGUUAAAAAAGGCUUUGUUGAUAAGUUAAACUUGUUAAAACCUAGCAAAUUUCUUCCAAAGAAUAUGUUAUUAGACUUGUAUUUUAGAGUUAUUAUGCCGUCGAUCAUAUAUGGUAUAUCAGUAUGGGGAGGCCUCACAAGUAAGGAAGGUUUUAAGGCAUUAGAAGCACUGCAUUGUAGAGCUGCGAGAAUUAUCUUUGAGCUACCUUGGGAGAUGUCUAAUGCAGAUGUUAUGAAAAAGGCUAAUUGGUCUUUUUUAGCCUUUAUGCAUAAAAUUAACUUAGCUAAGCUUAUGUAUAAAAUCCACAAUAACCUGACUCCAGACGCUAUGUCAGCUAUUAUUAAGAACAAUGAUAACAUCAAGCGAUAUCAACUUAGGAAGAAACUGAAAAUUGAUGUCCCUCGUUUUAACACCAACUUCAUGAGGAACUCUGUGGCUCGUAGAGGAGCAAUAGUUUGGAACACGUUGGUUCCUCAACUUAAUUACGAUAUAGACAAUGUUAAGAAAUAUGCGAUUAUGGCAAGACGGUCAAAGGCUCUGCUACACCUAGAUUUCGACUGUAUCUCCCCUCAAACAUUAACCAGAAGGGAGGAAGAUUCUAAGUAUAAUUAGUGUUAAUAAUUAGUCGAUACUAGAGUACCACCUUGUACUUUAGAAUUUUAAGCUUUUAUCGUUUUAGACUUGUAAGUAGUAAGUAGCUAUAUGAUUUUAGCUGGUGUAUAUCCUAUUUAUUUUCUAAUUCAUUAGUUAUCUUAUUUAAUUAUUUAGACACGACCCCACAAGCGAAGCGUCGCUUUAAAUACUUAUCGUGUAUAAAUAAAGAUUAUUGAUUGAUUGAUUGAAAUUGUUGCCAGACGAAACUCUGCAGGCGGUACCUAUGUAACCUGAUUGGCUGAAACCCGUAAAGGAAAUCAUACUCUUCCAGCCGCUCUUUCUGGAGGAUGAGUGCGGGCUCAUUUUUCUGAACAGCGGCUGGUAAUCGAGCCCAAAUCAAGAGGUUGUUCGUUGUUAAGCAAUUGAACGCCAGUGUGAAUAGUACGUUUAUUGUGCGAAUAAGCUUUGGUAUUUCGACUCCACAGGUGCCCAGUUUUCAGGCAGGAGAUAAAGUCCGAAUUUUAAGCGACAAACAACUUGUACAAAAUCUACAACAGGGCCAUGGUGGUUGGAAUGAGAAAAUGACGACGGUGAGUCUUGGGUCUUACGGCGGCUAUGAUACAUCACUCUUUCUUUGUUACUCAGUUAUGUCAAGGCAAGGCUCUUCCGUCAAUCUUGCAGCCUAAUACGCGAAACGUGCAAAUAAUAGAACCGAAAGUUAACUUUAAAGUUAGGCCCGCGGAAGAACCUAAACUCACGAUAUGACAUCCGAAACAAAUCUACCGUUGGUAGACCGAAUGAGCUACGUGGCCAGACGGGAUCAUGUCGUGGGUGAUUGAGAUGGUAAGUCUCGCCCAAGAACAAGAGUGAAGGUUUAGGAUACUCUAAAAUAUUGUGCUGCAGAGCAACAGACCAAACGAGUAGUUAGUUUGUGUGCUCUUGGAGGUAGAGUUUUCAGUUUUGUCGAGGGUAUUUGACAUUUGCCUCCGAUCACCUUAAUGUCACACGACAUUGGCACUUGUUGUGUCUUAGGUAAACGUACCUUACAGGACAGCAGAUAAAAAGCGGAAAAGGGAGCUUAAACCUCUAAUGUAAAUCACGCACCGUUAACAUGGAACACUGAGUACAAUUCGCGGAUGGCGUUGUCGCUUUUUCUAACAUCUUUUGUUUACGCUGAAAAAGGAUAUCAGAAUUGUACUUUAUUUGCUAAGUUUCAGGUUCUGAAUUGUAGACCUUUUGCCACAAAAAAUAUAUGGCACAUGGGUGCUCGUCUUUAAAAUAACAAUCAGAACCGUAUGCUGACUAAGUUUCGUAACUUACUAGGCUUUAGGAAAAGAGGGAAGGAUCUUAGAAGUGGAUUCUGAUGGCGAUGCCGUGGUUUUGGUUGAUUCGGAUUUGUGGUUGUUGAACCCAGCUGCAUUAGAAGAUAUUUCGGAAGGCGGUGAAUCUACAUCAAGACGAGGCGAUACUUCCCCCACUAAUCCAGGUAACUGCGUGACAACUGAACUCUUCUGGUUCAGUUUGUAUAAACGCAACUUCAGUCCCUACAGCUAAUGUCCCAUGUUUAGCACUGUCAGUCUCUUUACUUAUCCACUAGAUGACGUUUCAUUUUAUGUGAUUGGCCCCCGUGCUAUUUUGGAACCAAAUUUUGAACGGGAAUUAACAAUGUCGUGCAACGCUGACUGGGUGUUAUCUCCUGGAAUGUUUGCAAACAUGCUACCCCCGCUCUACCCUUAACUUGUUUAGGCGAGUUGUGCCUUUCCGAUAUAUCAGUCUAUGUCAAUCUGGAAAAAUGCGGUCACUGACUGCCUCUGAAUUGACUACUCUGAGUGAUUACUGUGAACUCCCUUCCACAGUUGACCGAGCAACGGAUCUGUUAAGGAUGCUUCUUCUUGAAGCUGUUACAUCCAAAGGAGGCAGUGUCGAUCCAGGAGACAGAUUAGUAAAUGCUUCAUCCAAUGGUAACCUUCAGGAGGUCCGUGAAAUUCUUGAAGCACAUCCUGGCAAGGUAUUCUUCUGCGUCUAACAGGGAGCUUAAGCAACGACGACGGCGACGGCAACGAGAACGGCAAAAAGAAGUAAUAGGUUUAGAUUGGCAAAACAACAACUAAUUUGCCCGUGCAUUACGCUUUUUUGUAUAUUUCUUAGCCGUCGCUGCACGACUACAACGUGAAAGUGUCUAAAAUGACGUUUUGUCGACGACGGGAACACUAGACAACAACUUUGUUAUCCUUUUCCUGAACUUUGAAACAGUCCUUUAGAAUUCAACUCCAACAAAAUUUGCCAACAUUUGACGAAUUAAACAAGAUGGAAUGAGCGCGAUAAAGUUUGAGGCAGCGCGAAUUCACUUUGACGUUUCCAGUAAUCUUCGUUGUCGUUGAUGCUUAAGCCCCCUAAUAUCCCCCCCAAAUUAAUCCACUUCCUUUACAGCGGUUUUCAAUCAAGAUUGGCUUUAGCCAUUGAAAGUAGACUCGUUUAUUCAUUGAGCCAAUCAAAACUCAAAGCAGAUUCUUGAAGCUGCUGAAUUUCGCGGAAGAACGUGUGCACGCAAGUUGCGAACGGCUUGAUUAAUUUCUGAUUGGUCACGAACACGUAAAAAUGCAAAAACAACUCAGUUUCGAUAUUUUUUUAAUUAGUUUACAGAAAGGUACCUUUUAGAUACCUACCCUUUAAACUACCAAAUGACACUAUUAAUUAAUCACAGUUAGCUGGCAAAUAUUGACAAGAAAUGGUCAAUCAAGCAUUUUCAUCACAUUCUACGUUCUUAUAAGUUACUUAUAUGCAUGUUUUGUUCAUGUUGUUAGAUCGAUCAUAAAAGAGGAGGCAAGACAGCUCUUCAUGUGGCCUGUCAUCAGGGUCGGAAAGAAAUUGUACAGUACCUUUUAGAUAAAGGUGCUGACAAGGACAUCAAGGUUUGUAUGUUUCAGUGGUUUUAUUCAAUUGUCUACAGUCCUGUGUAAAGUCGACCAACUGGGCCCUUGUUCAGGUGAAAUAUCUCCGAAAUUUUGCUUAGAGACGGUUGACAUUUCGAUAAUUUUCAUUCUUCUUCUCAUUAUCAUUAUCGUUAUUAUUAUUAUUAUUAUUAUUAUUAUUAUUAUUAUUAUUAUCAUUAUUAUUAUUGCUAUAAACAGGCUCUGCACUAUUUUAGUUAUCUUACAUUUUUUGUGAAUUGUUAGGAUGAACAAGAUUACUCUGCGUUGCACCAUGCCGCUUAUGGGUGAGUAAAAAAAGAAACCUUUUUCUAUGACGCGACGUGCCUACAGUAAGCCUUCGAAAAUAAAUUGAAGUUCUACCGGAGUAAUAAUUAAGUUUCGGAUUAUCGCACAUAUUAUAGAUCUCAAAGUUUUCAUGAUGUUUCAUGGUUUUCUCUGUCUAAACAUGUAUGUGUUUCCGGUAAUAAUUUUUUAUCCUGCACCUUUUGGUUAGCACACUUUAAAUGUGGUGCUUCUUUUUGCGCUCCGGAUCGAGCGCAUAAGAAGGCUUUGAUGUCAGAAGACUUAGUCAUUCAAGGGCAAUCUCAUCUCCAGCUGGUUGGGAGAAAUUGUAUUCUUUGAGUCGCCUGAGUAUCAGGCCUACCUUAGGGAUUAGGGGGAGGAGUAUGGCAGUUCCUGUUUUUGUUUCUCUCUUCUUCUACCCCUCCCCCAGAAACGCCUGAUACGCAGAAUCACCUGAUACUCAGGCUAUUACACAUCCCGCUGAGUUUAUUAAGAGCAAGAUCGGUAAGACCAUUUGGAAUUGGGACACUUUUUUUAAAGAUGUCUUUCUUUUUUUCAUAGUGAUCGCAGUGGAGAAACAGUGACUGUGAUGUUAAAAACAGGUACAAAUUUAAAUGUCUCCGAUAACAAGAACAAAAGCACACCGCUUCACUUAGCUGUCAAUCAAGGUAAUGACGCUGGGGUGAGGUCACUGCUGGCGUCAAGGCAUUGCGACGUUAACUGUCAGGUGAAGAUUGUUUUUGCUAAUAAGAAGCUUUCAGCCGGGGAAAAUUCCCCUGGGAAUUCUUAGUGUGGGUGUGCCGCCCGGUCUUAAAAAUCCUGACCCUAUUUCAGACCAAAAAAUGUCAUUUUCCACACCCGUUCUAAGACCAGGCGCUAGUUGUUCAAAAGCUGGAUAACGCUUAUCCACUGUUUGUUCAAUGGAUAGCGCAGUUGGUUUCUGUAAUACUUUUCCUCUGGAUAGUGAUUUAUCCGAUGAAUAGUGCUAUCCAUCUUCUGAACAACCGGGGCCUGGUUUCUGAAGCUUGUACUUGGUUUUGGAAGCAAGUGAAGUCACGAUAAGAACGUCAGGAAAAUAUUUCUUAAAAUACAUUUCGAAUUCUCUUGUUCCUUUGAAAACCAUACCCUAUUCUCUAUUUUCCAAUUGCCCAUAGUACACUCUGUUUGCCCCCCAAAUUCUGCAUAAACCAUUGUUUUUAAAUGCUCCUGGGAGUAUUGCAUUUUCCCAAGAGCAUUUGAAGACAAUAAGUUAUGCAAAAUUUGGGGGGCAAACAGAGUGUAUUAUGGGCAAUUGGAAAAUAGUCAAUACCAGACAGAAAUGGGCCAAGUAUAUAAGCCCUUUUCAGACCGAAACGGAGCAAAACCCUACCCUUUAGGGCAGCACGUACCUCCAUGGUUUAUAUAAGGGAGUACCCCCCGGGGGGGCUUCAGAUACACCGUUUUUGGUGCACGGGUACGUUUAAAGGUGUCCGAACCCAUACAUGUAAGCCUCUUGUCCCAGGGAACGGCUGAGCGGCUGGGUACAACGAGUGUAGUUCCUUUUAUACAAAUAGAAGGCAAACGUAUAACUUUUCCCGUACCUGGCAAAGGAGGGACGGGGAAGGUCAGAUAGAUCUCCCUUUGCCGUCUCUCCUUUUCGCUUCUCUAAACUUUUCUCUUCCUCCUCAUAUUCCCUUGAUAAUCAGGCUAUGGCUAACGAAGGGUAGAGGUCACUAGAACUGCGGAAUCAUCUGUACACUUAAUUCUUCAUCUCGCAAUUCUUAUAUAUGAUAGUCAUAAUAUGUAGAUUUAGCCAGGGCUAAAAGCGAAGCUCUGGUUAAUAAUACGUGUAAACAAAAAAAUCAAAUCGUGUAACGCUAAACGGGGGACGACAAUGAAAAUGGCUUCAAGACUAAUAGAUCUAAUUAGCAAAAAAACAAAUUGCACGUGCAGCACACUUUUUCUUCUAAUUAGCAAAAAGCAAAUUUGCACGUGCAGCACGCUUUUUUGUCUUUCCCUUGCCGUUGUUUUGCACGACUACAACACUGUUUUGUACGACUAAAACGUCAAACUUCCUAGUUACACACUAUUUUUAUUUAGAAAUUGUCGUAUGUGCNUCUAAUUAGCAAAAAGCAAAUUUGCACGUGCAGCACGCUUUUUUGUCUUUCCCUUGCCGUUGUUUUGCACGACUACAACACUGUUUUGUACGACUAAAACGUCAAACUUCCUAGUUACACACUAUUUUUAUUUAGAAAUUGUCGUAUGUGCUUACCCAAUAUUUUGUUUCCAGUGUUCAUGUUCGCUUUUAUUUUUCACUGCCGCUCAUUUUCACCUUGCUGGCCACUAGCAUUUCUCAUUUUCUCACCGCCGCUUUGAAUUUCCAUGUUUUUCUUCCAACGAAUUUUCAAUAACUCGCUCUAGCUCUUUAUCUGUUAUCCACGUUAGUGUACACAUAAAAAAUAACGCCGAAAAAGAAACGACUUUUUUCUUUGUAAAAGUGCGGGCGGCCAUGUGAUUUCCUUCCAAAUAAAACCUUGAGUUACAUUUGGAUUCCCAUACCUGUUGAUUGAGUUAUUUUACAUUGGUAUGCCUGUGGUGCGGACGGACGGUCGCUCGAUCGCUCGCUCGGUGUACGGUCACGUGAUUACCAAAUUUUCUGGGAUGGGUAGAUUACCACAUUUCCUUAGCUAUGGGGCUCCGCCCACGCGCGCGCUUCGCGCACGGGUGGAGCUCCGCUAUAAUUUUCAAGUAUUAAUAUAGAGUCCCUCUGAACUUAAAAUCACUUUGUUCAAAACGUGACUCUAAUUGUGAAUGGUUUAAGCCCACAUAUACCCUGGGCGCCAGAGACUUUUCUUGUGCGAUUUUCGGUGUCUGUCAAGUCUUCAUACUGUCCCGCUGGUUUUUCUCACGGCUUCUCCGCUCGUGGCUUUUGCCUUCGGCCAACACCGAAGAUCCCCGCCGCACGCGAGAAAAAAAACCGCUAGUACGUACCCAGAGUAAGCCAGCAUUGCACUAAUUAAUUUGAAUUCAAGGAAUUUUCUUGAAAUCGUUCUUUCCAGGAUUUAGCCGGGGAUACGCCGCUGCACGAUGCGAUCUCCAAAGAAAAGAACGCAAUCGUGGAUCUUAUCCUUCGCUCGGAGCGCCUUGAGAUUUCUGUGUUCAAUGGCAGGGGUUUUAACCCUCUUCAUCAAGCCUGCAUGAAAGGAAACUUACAGUAAGUAAUAUUGAAGGUCUCUUUCGGUCAAUAGUAAGUUGGAGACAAUCACUUUCCUCUUUAAGCCCGCGUAUUCCUUCGGGUUGUUCGACUGGAGUCCCAUACCCCACAAAACUGAAAACUCUUCAAUUCUGGGUGUGUAUCUCGUUGCGAAUGUCCAAAGUGGAUUCUGCAGAUAAUUUGUACCUUCAAAUUAAUAUUGUUUUCAACAUUAGUUUUUUCUUAAACGAGAGUUUUUUCCUUUCUGAAUGCGGUUUUUUACUUUGUCAGUGGAUAAUGACAGGUCGGUCAUUAAUACUUUUAUUAAAACGUUUUUAGUUUUUUCCUCGGAAAAUGAGGGUCACUUUUACUAUUUUACUAAUAAGAAACAAAUAAAAAUUAAGAGAUUCUUGACAUUUGAGGAAAAUCGUGCAACACUUUCAUAUAUUUUUGGAAAAAGCCAUUCGCUCUCCCAUCUCGCCCGGCUAACAUUUGACUGAAAGAUUAUUGGUUCAGAUGUACUUAUCUUUGCCUUCCUUUGUUAUUCUACCCGGUGGACAGCUUAAGACGACUUUUAACUGCAAUUAUCUCCUUAUCGGUUGCAGUGCUGUACAGAAAAUCAUAGACAAGUAUCCUGGUCUUAUUGAGAUACCAAAAGAAGACGGAUUUACCGCUUUGCAUCUAGCCGCGUUCAAUAAUCAUCUUGACAUUGCGAGGUGUCUUCUGUUGUCGGUAUGUGAGCUAAAGGUCCUUGAGGAAUGCGAUAAAUGCGCCGCCCAGUGAUCAGCAAUUUUGACCAUUUAACGCAUGCACAUGCAGAACUCUUGUUUAAAACACUUUUGAUAGGAAGUGCAAAACAAUGAGAAAAAGCGCGAACCUAACUUGAAUUAUAGAGAGAAGCCUGACGUAACGUUACCGUGGUAGCAAAAUUUCUGGAUCUCAACACUCUUUCUUGACAGAGGCAGCCAUUUCCAUUGUCUAACGAUGGAAGAAAGCAUGGGUUACCGUUUUGUGACUGAGUGCAAUAAUACACAGGAAGUCAUACAUUUCAGUUUUUUUCGUUUUUAGUUUCUGCCAUAUUUGCAGGACCAAAAAUUUUGCGACCAUGGUAACGUGGCGUAACGACUUUUCCUCUCUGUUGGCCCUCUUGUCAAAUUGAUGCCAAUAUGGUAAAAAUUGCUGUUCGUGUGGAGGCCAACGUAAAGUUUUCCGAGAGAAAAAGAAACCACAACCUUAUCACAAGGUAUCCUGCCUGUGUAAUAAUGGCUGACUUAUAACCCGCACGAUAAUAAUUUGAAUUUAGUAAACGCCACGUAAUGACCUAUUAGCCAAUUACUGUUGGCAAUGAGAAAAGAACUUGCUUUUCAAUCCGAGGAUUGUCGUUAAGUGUCGAGUUUAAAGAUCACUUACUAUUUGCGGAAUAAAGAUAAACGGCGUUUUACAAAGAAUUUCAGUGGGAAAAAAGUCAAUUAUAGAGGCGCAUGAGACAAGAAAUUUGGAGGAGUGAAGGUGGGUACCGGCGAUGUAUUGGUGAGGUAAAGUCCAGACUAACAUUCAAUGAAUCAUAAAGGAGGGAUAACAAUAAUUAAUAAUAAUUAUAAUAUUAGGUAUAAAGAAAGUCUAAGUCUAUAAUGGCGUGCGGGGGUUUGUAAACGUUAAAGUUGCGCGAGGUUCAACUUUUACGCCCAACGUUCCAUACAUUAUACUUCAUUUACGCUCGUAAAUGUUAUGCCCACACAUAAAAAUCACGUAAUUCUUCUGUACGUGCGCGUAAAUAAAAUAAAGUGAAUGUAUAGAAGGUCACGCGUAUACGUAAAACUUGAUCCUCGUGGCCUUUCAUAAAUUGCCUCUAUUUCUUUUAAAAUUUAAUUAAGGGACAGUGGAAAUCCGCUCAAAGGGAGUAAUCUAGGCCCUUACCGUACCUUUUUACGUGGUUGAUAAGUGGCCUCUCACACAGUUUUGUUUGUAACCUCAGGACCAUUGUGAUAUCAAUUUACGAAACAACAAGAGACAAACAGCCCUGGCGCUAUCUGUGUCAGAGGCUUAUACAGCUAUGAUAGAACUGCUUGUUGAACAUGGUGCAGAUGUCAAUGCUGAUGAUGAGGAUGGUGACACUCCAUUACAUCUUGCUAUUAUUCAUCAGGCUGUGGGUACCACUGGCUUGAGAGNGAUAAGUGGCCUCUCACACAGUUUUGUUUGUAACCUCAGGACCAUUGUGAUAUCAAUUUACGAAACAACAAGAGACAAACAGCCCUGGCGCUAUCUGUGUCAGAGGCUUAUACAGCUAUGAUAGAACUGCUUGUUGAACAUGGUGCAGAUGUCAAUGCUGAUGAUGAGGAUGGUGACACUCCAUUACAUCUUGCUAUUAUUCAUCAGGCUGUGGGUACCACUGGCUUGAGAGGGGUAAGUGUACUUGCAUGCUUCACAUAAAGCUCGGAUGACGAAGUUUGCUUCGCGGACCGGUAAUUCUUUACCACAUUUAGUUUAGUCUCUAGCGGAGGCUAGGAUGACAUAAAAGGUAAAGCUCAUUUUACUUCCCCCCCCUCCCCAUCAAUGCUCCGUUUUAAUGGUAUUAAGAGCUAGUCAAAGCUACAAAGAAAGGAGAGAAGUUGAAACAAGGAUGUGAUGUCUCCGUGGAUGGAACAUAGAUCGCUCAAAAUCAAAAUUAUUGAAAAAUCCCAAUUUUUUUUUGUACCAAUCUAAAAGAAAAAAAGUAUUGUGUGAAAGUACGGAAAAAGUAGGUUUCAUUUGUAUGGUCACUCUUUAGAAUUUCAUCCACGCACCCGAAAGUACAGUAUAAUAAACAGUGACAGAGGACAAUAGAGCGAUUUUCGUAUGACCUUGAAAUGAAAACGCGACAACAAAACAGAAACAAUAAACGAACGAAAAUAGAGCGAUUUGAUUGGUUUGUCGUACGGAUACAAACGCGGGUGGCUUUUGGUUGGUUAAGCGAACGCUCGGAUGAAAAAACUUCAUGCCCAAGAACUUUCUAGAAAUCAAUCGAUACUCGCUUUGACGUCAUACUGCGACACGAUAGACCAAUCGAACAAUGCCUUCUCCAUAUUAGGGUUUUCUUUGGCGGAAAAACGAAGAGUACAUGUUUUGAUCUUUUCAUCCAUUGGCUGAUAAAACAAAUAACGAACACUUACCGAAACCAUUUUUCAAGGUCAUACGAAAAUCGCUCUACUUCUUAGUAGCUUUCGUUUAAAAGGUCACAAUUUAGGAUUUUAUCCACAGACUUCAAAGAUAGAAUUACCCUGUACAGAGUAAUAAACAGCACCACGAUUAAUAAACACCAGUAAUAAACGCUGUAGGAUUUCAUCCACAGACCCAAAAGUUAGAACCACGUUGUACAGCUAACAUAUUAACUUCCGAAAGGGUCACACUUCAAUAACGUACAGAAACUUUAAAGCUUUCAAUCGAGCCAAAUUUCGUAACGAUAUCUGCAAUGAGAACUGGGAAUUUUUGGCUCCAGCUCUUGAUCCCAACCAAAUGUGGACAGAGUGGAAAACCAAAUUUUUAGUGUUGUUUGGGGUAACUGUGCCAAAACAUUAUCUGACAAAUUACAGAGACUUUAAAAUCGUGCUGUCCGCGUCCUUACCCAUUCUAGUUAUAUAUGAUGCUGACGCCAACCGACUAUUUAAAGAAUUAGGCUGGGACAAUUUAGAAACUCGACGUCAAAAACUAAAGGCUGAGAUGGUCUAUAAAUCCUUAAACGCCCUCGCAUCGACGGAGUGAUGUGAUUACUUCUUGCAAUUUGCGCGAUUCUGAUAAUAACCUUGCAAUACCAUUGCCACGUACUAACCAUUACAAAAAUAGCUUUGCCUAUAGUGGUGCAGUCCCCUGGAACAGUCUACCCUCAGCUGCUAGGCAAGCAACAUCUCUGACUAAUUUCCGACGAUUCUUAAUUAAUUCCGACACGGAAUUCAUGUAAAACAGGCUUUAAUUUAGUUUACUUUUCUUUAUUAAUAGUUAGCAAUAUUUUAAAUUAUAGAAGAUUAAUCUGUAUACAUAGUUUCGUAUUUAAGUUGUUGCUUUAUAUUAAAUUGUUAAUGCCUGAUGUAUUUACCGUGUGUUUUUAAAUAAAGAUGAUGAUGAAAAAAAAAAAAGAACUGCUCACUAGCUUUCAUUUGAAUGGUCACACUUUAGGAUUCAUGAUCAUAAACAGACUCAAAAUUUACCUAAAAUUUCUAACCACUUCUUCCAGUUUAGUAAACAGUACCAGAGAGAAGUACCUCUAAAUUUCCAUUUUUCAGCCUAAAAACAGAAAGGCUCUGGAUAAUGUUGUAAAAUCGCUGUAAGGAAGGAAAUUGGCAAUGAACCAAGGCAAUAUGUGUCUGGUUUAAAAUGCAGUUUUAUUUUUUUUAAAUUCUUGUAUUGGCAUUGAAAGGUUUCCUUUACGGCGCCUAUUAAAAUUUGUUUCAAGUCAUUUUAAUUUACUUAUGAGCCUAUUUUCAGUUUAAGUAAGGUUUUCUUUUUUUGGCACUGACUGCUUCUUAAUAUCCCGUUAAGUCUCUCGUCUGCUAGGACAUGUAUGUGUAUAACGUCAUCACGCCAUGGUAUAUUUUAAGCAAUUGUUACUUCAUCUCUGUUACUGUACAUGAAAUAAGCAAAGGUCGUGCAACCUCCCCGAUUAGCCACUCUUGGGUCUAAAACGAUGGCUCCCCCAUUACCCAAGAUGGUAGCUUGUGUUGUUCCGGGGGUUAUGGCUCCAGAUACCUAGCUGAUCUAGACGAUACCGGCGAAAAUCGACACCGAAAGAAGAAGGAAAACAAUUUAGUUUCUUAAAAAAUUGUGUUUAUUGUCGCAACGAGACUCUAUGUUUUAGACGACACCUGAGUGUCGUGUUAAGUUUCUAAGAAAAUAAUCCGCCUAUCGAUUUUUUUCAAACUCAUUAGGGGAGGGGGGGGGGGGGAAAAAAAAAAAAUAAAUUUUGUUUUUUAUUAUAUUUUUUUUUUUUUUGCAGAAUAGUUUUUUUUGUUUUUAAGACAGUCUGUGUUUGUUUUUAUUGUUAUAAAAAAAAAAUCCCUUUUUUUUUUUUUUUAAAAAGGGGGGGGGGGGGGGGGGGGGGGGUCCUCCUCCGUGAAGAGAAAUAUACGGUGCGGUUGCCCGUAAGGGUUAUACUUGCUGUGAUAUUUUUCAUCUCUCAUACCAUUACGGGCAAGCGUAGAAAUAUAUAUUUUCGAAAGCAAGUGAUUUUUUCGAAAAGAGAAAAGAAGUCUUUAUCGCAAAAAACUGAUUCGAACACGCGUUAGUCUGUAUACAGCCGCCCUCACCUCAAACAAAAUCGGGGCGAUUUUGUUUGAGGGGGGCGGGGGAUGCUGUACAAAGGCUAAAAUCGUUUUUUUUUCGCACAAGCGUCAAACUGGGCAACUGAAAGAAAGUUUUUACAAAAAAUGGUUUGAUACAGUCCCAGCUCUCUAUGCAUCUGAAAUCCAACACUACGACUAAGCAACGAACAAGUUCGCGCAUCCCCGGGAACGCCAGUAUUACACAUGAACUUACCACCGAAAACGCUGAACGAACUGAUACCGACACUUGGCCUCACUCCCCCUCCCCGGCUGUGUGAAUGUAUAAGUGGCUUUAUUAUUGGCGUAGUUGUAGCAGUUGUUGCUUAACUGAGCGGCAAGAAUGCCGUUCCAAGGGUAGGAAGUACUCUCAUAUGCGUAACGGUUUCGUCUAUCGUUAACGGAAAUCGGUUUCUUUGGGAGUAAGUUUUGUAUAUCGUUAUUUUAGCGUCACGAUGACAACGAUAGGUCACCAAUAACUCAAACUGUGUUGCCCCUAUAGAUAUUUGAUUUAUUUUUCUGACUGUUAUUUUUUUUUGUAUUCUUUCUCACCGAUUCAGCUGUUGCAAGGUUUAGGACUUAAUCUCCCAGCGGGGGCUGAGACAGAUCAGCACACGGGCUCAGCUAUAGCAGUUUAUUUGGUUCUUCAUGGUGCCAACGUCAGCCUCUGCAACCACGAGGGAAAAACUCCAUUGGACCUUUGUCAAGAUACCCAGACUGUUGCCUUGAUUCAACAAUUUGCAAGAAAUGCACCGAGG